GAGAUUGCGUUUUUCCUACGAUAUUUUUCCGACGGGCCCGGAAGGUGGAUGGACCUCGGGACCGACACCCAAUAUUUCAGCCGUUAUAUUGUGACGUUGGCAGAUUUGAGUGCGCGGGUCCGAUAUGCUGCGUGCGCGCUGGCCGCGAAGCAGCUGGGCCAGUUGAAGGAUCCGGAGUCGAGCAUCCGACAAACGUCCUGUCACCGGGUGAUGCUCAAAGCCUUUUCCGAUUCGAAGCGGGACUUUCUUUGGUACGGAGCCAAAUAUUACGAGCGGGCCAUCCAGAUCCUGGCCCGUCCGAUUUCCCACGAGGACCGCUCGGAUUGCCACAUGUCGCCUGCGUGUAUUUACCAGUCGGGAUUGACGCCGCAGAGUGUGGAUUACAGUGUUCUGGGCGAACAGGAAAUUGCUGCGGCGACAUUUCGCCUACUGGCUGCAUGUAUGCUGUGUCAGUAUGCGGAUUUGAGCGUGACCUUGCGGGCGUGGUCAGGUCAUCUGGACGGAAUCUACAAACUGCUGCGUCCCCAUCUUAGUGGCGCGGUAGAAUUGCAGCCUUCGCAUCCAAUCCCGCAGCCGGUGGCUGUGGUUGAAUCUAUCUUUUGGUUUCUGGCUAUUAAUGAUAUGAUGGAUGCCUUCGUGUCACGAAAACAUACUAGGUUAAAUACCGACGACCUGUCCGUGUGGCGCAAGUUCGGGGGCUUACCUCUGGAUGAUACUGGAACUCUCAUCAUCCACUACACCGACGAGCGACAUACCGAGUCGAUCCUAUCGAAAGCGUUGAUCCGACUGCUGUGUCUGAUGGUCAACGCCAACCUCAGCAACGUGCUCGAGUGGAACUACAUCAACGGCGAGCUCGACCGAUGGCACAGUAUCCUCCCAACCAGCUUCCUCUCCCCCGUCAGCUGGCCACCUCAACCUACCACCCAAACAGACUCCCUCGAGUCCAACCCCAUCCCCAACCUCUUCACCCGCGAGACCUGGUUCUCCAGCGACACCUGCGCCAUCGCGAUGGCCUUCUACCACAUGGCGCGAAUGGUCCUCCUCAUCAACCGACCACUCGAACUCUUCCUCCAACAACUCCCCCACCAACCAGAUCUCCUCGCCACAUACCGCGCCUUACAGGACGGCCUCCGUCACCACGCCUCGGAAAUCAUCCCCAUCGCGCACGGCAUGCCCAGCGCCGUGGUCCGGAAGUACCUACUGCAACCGCUGUACGUGGCAGGCCGAUGCCUCCAGGAUAUUAGCGAUCGGAGAAGUCUCCUCGCGAUUCUGGGUCCGAUCGAUGAUGAUCUCGGGGCGUUUACGGAUUACCGGAAGAGGGAUCUUUGUGAGGAGUGGGGGAUUGCGUAUGAGCCGGUAGAGAGGAAUAUUGUUUUAUAA